AAUGGAUUUACAUCUAAGGUUAAUAUAUAUGCUAUAUCAUCUUAAUAGAUAAAAAGCUUAAUGACCUUUGGCUACUGUAACUAGAAUACCGUGUAAAGGGAAUUAUCGUAGAAAUGGAAGGUGUGCUUGUUGAUCGUUGUAAGUCAUCUUUGUCUUAAUAGGACCUAUGGGUAAAAUCAAGAAACCAAAUUUAUUUAUUAUAAAAGUUAUUUACGUGAAUCCAGUGUAGUUAAUGAAACUCAUCCAUGCAAAAACACAUUCUCGAGGUUAUUUAUGACAAAUCAAGACAUUAGCUGAAGGGAAACAUAGAAAGGUUUACCCUACUUUUAAAGUGUACAUUCAUAAUGAAAAACGAGAAGUGUAUUUUUGUCAUUCUCGUAAUCGUACUUCCUUACAAAUGGAAGUUCUAGAUUGAUAGGAGAAAUAACUUUCUUGCAAACAUGACAAGGUUUUGAAUAAAGGUUGGAAUAAUCAAGAAGUAGAGGCUAACAUUCGUUAGUAAGGAUCAGAUUGUUCUGUAAAGAGACAUACAAGAAGAUGAAACAAGGGCAUUUCGAGGUCAUUAUACCGAUUAAUAGAGAACAUUAUCGGUUGAAAUUUACCAAAUAUACAAGAAGCCUUAUAAUCACCAUUGGAUUGUAAGCGAACGUGAAACUUUAGUCCAAUGGAAAUUUCCAGCAUAAAAGAGUCUGUUUUUAAAUCAGAGAUAGAUGAAUUCGUGGAAGAAAUACUGCUUUUAAAAUUAUUGAGUACAUCUUCCAACUUCUCAGGGACUUUGGAAUUUUGACGAGUCUCCUCUUGUUUUUUGUCUUCUACGCUUUCUAUUUCUUCUGUAGUCCCUAAGGUUUUGUUACUGUCACGCUGUUGCGGAGGAUAAGUUGGCAUUAGCGGUCCCUGAUUAUUUGCAUAAGAUUCGGUGACAUAUUGAAAUAGUGCUAUUAUGUUAAUUAGAAAGACUGUAACAGAAAGUAAAAUCUCAUACACUGAUGAUACGCCAAAUCGUUCUUAAGUCCUUCAACACUGGCAAUAGCUUCUUGAGCUUUAUGCUGGAAUUUUUGACCUACAUACUAGUUAACAUCCCAACGGUUCAGGAGAACAUGAAGAAGAACGAGGUUAACAACACCUGUCCGAACAUCUUGUUCCUGGUAAAUACUUACUCGUGCCUAUUUCUGGACGUAGUAAUUUCAGUAAGGCUGGACAAGUAGUCCGUAACUCUGCUAGCUUUAAGAGUCGUUAGUAAGCUCAUGGUAUUUAUCACGGGCUUCUUUUACCUUCAGGUAAAGUUGGUUAACUGUAUCCAACUUGUCUAGUAGAGCCUGCUUCUGUUUUUCGUGCUCCAUGUAACCUGCUACCUUAUUUUUUAAAUAAUAUUCUUAACUAACAAGGCAUGUGGAAAAUUUAAUUUAUUGAAGAUUCAAUAACAAAAAGGUUUUGGAGUUUAUAAAGUGGAGUUUUAUUCUUCGCGGACACUACAUGUAAGCAGUGGUGUUUUCAUCUCUCUUCAACAGUCAAGGUCGUACACAGAGACCAACUUACAAACUUACGAAUAUUCCUGCCUUUUUGUGAUCUUAAUUUCUUUCUAAUCUAUUUUUUUUUCGAAGAAAGUUGAAUAAUAAGGCUACAUUAUCAUGAGCACUGAGUCAAGCCAAGAAUCAGCUUCACCUAGAAAUGUGUCUCCUAUUGACAGAGAGAGUAUUCAGUCAGCGAGAGAGACAUUGAGAAGUCUUUCUGAAAUUUUGACAGAAAACAGCACUCUCCCAGUCGGAAUUUCAAGCAUACGAGUGGCAGGAGCAUACAAUACUCGCGCAGGUUUUCUUCAGAAGGCAUUACAAUCAUGUGUUGAUCCAUCUGCGAAAACCAUAAAGAGUCGGCCACUAUUGGAUACGCUCAACAAUAUUCAAGAAACAACGGGGAAGCUAAUGGCUUUUGGUAUUUAUGAAAGUGCCAAUAUUAAAAUUGAUCGUGCUUCGUCUGCUGUUUCCGGGGAAAACGAUUUGGACGUCAUUAUUCAAGUGAAAGAAAAGCCUCGACUAUUCUUUGAGACAGGAACUGAUGUAGGUAAUGUUGAAGGGAAUGUCCAUGCAAACGUUUUGGCUAGAAAUUUGUUUGGCGGUGCAGAGUUUCUUUCUGGAAAUGUCUCAUACGGUACUAGAAACCGUGCUACAAUGUCAGCUAAGUUUGAAACUCCCGUAAAUGCAAGCCCAGCUACUCGCUUACGUGUUCUCGGUUAUAGCAACGUUCGUGAUAAUAAAGCCAUCUCAAGUCAUGAAUUGAUUACCAGAGGUUUGUCAGUAAGUUUACAGCAUCAAGAUCGUUUUCAUGGUCUACAUGAGCUUUCCCAAAAUUUCUUUUGGAGACAAGUUACUCGUUUGAGUGAAUUUGCUUCUCCUAGUAUACGGUUACAAGCCGGUGAUACCAUUAAACAAUCCCUUGCCUAUUCUUAUGUUAUGGAUACACGGGACCAUCCAACCCUUCCGUCAAGAGGUAACUAUGUCCGCGCUUUGAUGGAACUCGCUGGACUAGGACCAGUUACUGGAGAUGCAAGAUUUCUUAAAUCUGAACUUUGGCAUCAGUAUGCUGUUUCCUUAAACCGUGCACAAUCUGUUACUCUUGCUGUUUCUAGUCGCUUGGGUGCUAUCAAACCAUUAGAUGAAUCACCCAUUCUUUUAUGUGAUCGUUUCACAUUGGGCGGAUCUACUAGUCUGAGAGGGUUUUCUGAAGACCGCCUGGGACCAAAGGAUGGUAAAGAUUCCCUCGGUGGUUCCGCCUAUUUGGCCCUCUCUACAAGUUUGUUAUUUCCUUUGCCUAAAUUGGAUGCUUCCAAACCUUUCCGAAUGCAGGUUUUCGCUAAUGCUGGUGGUUUAACUAACUUAGAUGCUCGAAACCCGUUGAACACAUACAAAUCGAUUAUGAUGCGUCCUUGCGUAUCAACAGGUUUGGGCCUUGUUUAUGCAUCCCCCGCUGCUCGUUUUGAAUUGAACUUCACAAUCCCCAUUGCGGUCACUGGUGGUGAUGUAGGUCGUAAAGGUCUUCAACUAGGAGCCGGCAUCGAGUUUAUGUAAUCUAAUAUGUUUGAUAACCGAGUGGAAGCAAACAUUGUCUUAUAACAAAUUCAGAAAAGAAACUGUACUUGAUCUUUUUUUCUUUUGAAGAAUGCAUGAGAAAUUGACGAAGAGUGCAUGAGUCACUGUCGUGUUUACCAAAUGAGAGAAAUAUCGAUAUUCAAAUAACCAACUUGAUACAUGCCUUUUAUAAUUAUUCAUACAUGCUGCUAUGAGGCAUAAUAAAAUGGAAUAAUACAAAUGCAACAGUGAACUGCAAUUUCUUCUUAUGUCGUUGGUUUUUAAAUAUAAUUAUCUCUUUGAAUGCUAUUCUAAAUUUAUUGAUCUUUCCCCCCUUUUUAAUAACUCCUCCCUUCUCUUUAAUUCGCAGGUACUGAUCUCUAUGAGUUGUCUUAGUCUUUUGAGAAUCUACCAUUCUGCACAAAUAGAAAACAAACCAUGAAGCAAAUUGUUUCUUUGUAAGUUUGUUACAUCCUAAUUCUUAUUAAUAUUGGCUUUACAUCCUUACUUAUAAGCAUAAGAGAUUAUGGGAAAACAAUGCUAUGGAAAGUAGCUUAAGUGUAAAGUUGGUAAUGAAGAAGGAUGAUGAUGGUGAUGGUGAUCUGAAUAUAUACUUACUACUAUCGUAUGAUACAAGUACGAACUUUACAGACGUGUAGAAAUGGAGAAAAAAAAAAGAAAAAAGAAAUCAUUAUCGUACUCAUUGCAUUAAUAGUCAUACAGGAAGAAAAAAGCUAGUGACAAGCGAACACGCAUUAAUCCAAGACACGAGAGAUGUUACGUUCCUUGUACGUAGCAGUCUUUUGUGUGUGAUCAUUCUGAAUUUCGUAGCGGGUUUCUUCACCACCAGCGUCAUCCUUGACACUUAGGAUGGUACCAGUAGAAGUACUAGUUCCGCUAGCACCACCAAUCUAAAUCGAAAUUAUGUUAGAUUUAUAAUGUAUUAAAAGCAUUCACCGGCUAUAGUACAAUGACAGCUUUCAUGUUUUACAUGAACGAAGCAGGCAUCGUAUCGUCUUAAGUGAACAUUGUGAUGAUCACAUUUACUUACAGGAUGGUAUUCAACUUUGUUUCCCUUUUGAUAUUUGGUCAUGUUUGAUAAUUUGGAAUCGUAGACUCAAUAAUCAGAUACCGAACAGGCCGUUCGUCCAGCCUUUUUAUAUUUUAAUCGUGGCAAGUACAUCACUUGUGCGAUUUAUUGCAUAAACAUACUAUUAUUCUUUUGUGACGAAAGUGUAAGUGCUCAUUCCUCCAACGUAAUCUCAAUAUUCGUAAAGACGGAAAUGAAAUUAUAGACCUAGCUUGCGAAAGAAUGAUAUUAUA